AUGCGCCCAUCACUAUGCCUCGCCCAACUCAGCAAGGUCUUCAAGCUCCCUCCUAUGGGAAAGUCAUGGCCCGGUCCCGGACCCUUUUUAUACGUCAUGUUCCACCGGGACAACUACCCUGCUGGGAACGGUAACCUCGCUCCCGAUCCCAAACUCCUCGAGGGACGAGUACUCGGAAACGACUUUACCCGCAAAGAUGGAUGGAGUAUGUACAUGGGUAACGAGGUGCCUGGCUUUCCUGCCCACCCGCACCGGGGGAUGGAGACAGUGACGAUUGUGCGCCAAGGCAUGAUCGAUCAUGGCGACAGUACGGCAAGCGGAGCGCGAUAUUCGGUCGGCGACGUACAGUGGGUCACGGCAGGUAAGGGGGUUGUCCAUUCGGAAAUGUUCCCCCUCUUAAACGAAGGAGAGAAGAACACGCUCGAGUUAUAUCAGUUGUGGUUGAACCUGGCUGCAGAGGACAAGGACGCCGACCCCGAAUUUGUCAUGAUGUGGCGGGAGGCCAUCCCACAUCUCGAGAAGGAUGGGUCGAUCGUACAAGUCGUCGCUGGGGAAUAUGGGGGCGCAUCCCCGCUGGCACCGCCCAAGAGCUCCUGGGCAGCCCGGGCGAGUUCAGACGUCGCAGCAUGGUUUAUCGACAUGCAGCCCGGCGCGACGACCACCUUGCCCUCGACGAAUACACCACAAACCGAACGCACCGUGUAUGUGCACGCCUGCACGCCCGGUCCAGAUGGGCCAGAGAAGACGGUGGAUGGGGUGAAAGUACAAGUCGGCGACGAGUGGGUGCCAGACUGGCAUGCGCUCAAGAUGGCUCCUGGCAGCGCCGAGGUCGUCCUCCGUAACGGAUCGCAACCGGCCCGCGUGCUCGUCCUCCAAGCCGUGCCUAUCGGUGAGCCUGUUGCUGUCCGCGGCCCAUUCGUCAUGAAUACCGAGCAGGAGAAUCUCGACGCGUUCGCAAUAUACCGCAAGACGAAAUUUGGCGGGUUCCCAUGGCCUACAGACAAGCCGACGUACGGCGACUCACCACGGUUCGCGCAGUACCGCGGUGGACCGCGGGAGGAGCCAGGCAAGAAGUUUGCCGCGUACUAG